GCGUAGAAUAUUAAAAGCUAACCGCAUAAAACGGGAAUUUAACAAACAAUUCAGACCCAAACGGGGCAAUUUCGCGUUAAAUAAACGUUUAGCAAACCUUUGCGGCAGUAGCAGCCAUUAUUUAAAUCCGAGGGCAUCCGCAAUAAAACCCAAGGAAACGUACAUUUUAUGCCUAAACUGCAUAGAAAUUAUCACUUAAAAUGCAAUUUUAUCAGUAUUUCCUUAAUUUUAAAGGCUAAAGGGCCGUAAUAUUGAAAAAUUUUCAUGUCCGAUGUAAAAGCGACAGUCCGACGUCCGCCAUCACGGAGUCGUCGCGAGUCAGUCGAAUCGAACGAAGCUACUUCGUGAACGUGAAAAGUGAACUGUGUUUUGUGUCUUCGUAUUUUACGUGAUUCUCAUGUGGAUUAUUCGUUAAAAUACGUAGGUUCUGUGCGAAAAAAAGGAAAAUAAAUGUAAGCUUUUCGGCAGUGUUAACAAACAAGAUACCAUGAACUUAAUUUAUUGAAACUUACUCGCUAAGCAUGGGAUAUGCCGAUAGUCUGCCGGGAUUUUUCCAUUGUUCAUGAUAGAGCCAAAGGGUUGCCUGCUUUGCUGAACUGGUAGGCUAAGGCGAUGCAACAGGUUGUCACUGCUGCACAAAAUCAGAGUGGCAAGAUGAACGAACAAGCCGCCGCGGGCAACGGGGCGGCCGCCGCCCCCGCUCCCUCUGCUACUCCCGCGAGUCGCGAAAACCGCGAACCGCCCCCCAGAAACGAGACUCCCGUCGAACCGGUCAACGGGGUGGUUCAACCCCAUGUUGCUCCUCCUCCAGAAAGGCCUGGACGCGUAACCAAUCAGUUGCAAUUUCUACAAAAAACGGUGCUUAAAGCCGUUUGGAAGCAUCAGUUUGCUUGGCCCUUCCAGCAGCCAGUGGACGCUAAAAAACUAAACCUACCGGAUUAUCAUAAAAUCAUCAAACAACCAAUGGACUUGGGCACGAUCAAGAAACGCCUGGACAACAACUACUAUUGGUCCGGAAAAGAGUGCAUUCAAGAUUUUAAUACGAUGUUUACGAAUUGUUAUGUUUAUAAUAAGCCGGGGGAGGAUGUGGUCGUUAUGGCGCAGACUCUAGAAAAGGUGUUCCUUACAAAAGUAGCUGACAUGCCGAAAGAGGAGCUGAUCGUAGAAACCCAAACAAAAGGUGGUAAAGGGAAAAAGGGGCGAACCAGUGCCGGACCGUCGUUGGUCACCGGUUCACGUGGUAGACCGCCCUUGUCCGUCUCGUCGACGGUCGCAAAUCCCAUUGCCACGACAACUGGUUCUGUAGGCCUGCCUUUGGGUACGGCCCCCCCGGUCACUGUACCCGGUAGUACAGCGACGACAACGAUCGCUGCCGCCCCCAAUAGCGUGCCCGCGUCCCCGUUGGCGCAAAGUACGACCGUGGGCGCGGCCGCCUCCGCUACCGCCGUCGCCGCUCCCACCGCCGUCGCCGCCGCCGCCGCAGCCCCUCCCAAUUACGCCGCUCAGAGUAUAGAGACACUCGGGGUGGUGCCUCACGCGCAGCCCGCCGUCAAAAGUAAAAAGGGCGUCAAAAGAAAGGUAGCUGACACGACAACUCCGGCGACGACGUACGACUAUUUACCAUCUGGGGCGGAUUCGAACUCCUCGUCGAACGCCAGUAAAAUAUCGAAAAGGCGGGAGUCCGGACGACAAAUUAAAAAACCCCUUCGCACCCAGGAAAUGGAUGGUAUGGGGCCCUACGGAGGAGCGGCGGCGUCGGGGGUGGCCCCAUCUCCUGCGAGUCAAGCGGCAGCCGCCUUAAAAUCUAAAGAGAAACUGAACGAAGCACUGAAGGCUUGCAAUGAAAUCCUUAAAGAUCUCUUCUCUAAAAAACACUGUAGUUACGCGUGGCCGUUUUACAAGCCGGUGGACGCGGAACUGCUCGGCCUCCACGACUAUCACGACAUCAUCAAGAAACCGAUGGAUCUCGGCACCGUCAAGCGGAAAAUGGACUCGCGCGAGUACCGUUCCGCCCAGGAGUUCGCCCAGGACGUCAGACUCAUUUUUACGAAUUGCUAUAAGUACAACCCCUCCGAUCAUGACGUGGUCGCCAUGGCGCGGAAGUUACAGGAUGUCUUUGAAGUCAAAUUCGCAAAAAUCCCUGACGAACCACUGAACAGGAUAAGCGGUACUGUUUCGCAGGAAUCCAGCUCGUCCGGAUUAGAAUCUGAAAGCUCCAGUGAUACGGAGGAUUCGGAAGAAGAGCGACGGAAUAAGCAAUUAAAGCAACUCGAAAAGGAGUUGUCGGCCAUGCAAGAAAGGAUGAGAAAAUUAGUGGAGGAGAGCACCAAACGGAAAAAAGAAAAGAAGAAGCAGAAGAUCGAGAAGCCUAAAAAGGGAUCGAUGCAACCUUUGAAUUCAGUUCCAAAUAGUACUGGCGGGAAGACGUCGACGAAUCAGGGACCGGGCGGCAUCGGCGGGGGCGGCAAACAAUUGCCGACCGCCCCGGAUAGCGUCGGCGCAGAGGACGGCGUGUCCGAAACUAAAACGGGCGGCGGGGCGGAACGAGGGGGCGGCGCGCAGGCCGCCACCGCCAAGACGCCCAAAACUAAAGGUAUUCGUGGUCCGAAACCGGCGGCGCCAGCACCGACGGGAGCAGCAGCGGGCGGUCCGCCGGCCAAACGGGCGAAAACCGGUCGCACGGGACCGGGGGGCGCGGGGCCCGGCCGUAAGAAGGCCCAACCCGCCCCCGUCGCUCCCGCCUUCGAUAGCGAAGACGAGGAUAUCGCUAAACCGAUGUCUUACGACGAGAAGCGGCAGCUAUCGUUGGACAUCAAUAAGCUACCGGGUGAUAAACUUGGCCGGGUGGUGCAUAUAAUCCAAUCUAGGGAGCCGUCCCUAAGAGAUUCCAACCCCGACGAGAUCGAAAUCGAUUUCGAAACGUUAAAACCGUCUACGCUCAGGGAACUGGAGAGUUACGUAGCGUCCUGUCUCAGAAAAAAGCCACGUAAGCCUUAUUAUAAAAAGUUACCGGGGAAAUCAAAAGAAGAACAAAUCGCCGAAAAGAAAAAGGAACUGGAAGAUCGGCUGCUCGACGUGAACCACAAGAUUGGGCCUACGAAGAAAGCACCUAAGAAAGAUGCGAAAAGUGAAGCGGCCGGUGCCGGUCGGAUGUCCUCGUCCAGUUCCAGCUCGGACAGCGACAGCUCGUCCUCGUCCAUGAGCAGCAGCUCUAGCGAUUCCAGCGACAGUGAAGCAGAUGUCCCGAGUGGUAAACAGACAAAAAAGUCCAAGUUAACCAAUUCAAAAAAGUCUCCUAGUUCGGCUGUGAAUCAAGGGAAUAUUGGAACUCAGCUUGUGCCGUCAACAAUAAUCCAAGUACCGCCGCGAAAACCGUCAUCGCAUCCUACCCCGGUGGCGGUCGUGCCGCCGGUAGUGACGACCACCGCCACCCCGACGGUGAACGCGGCGGUGCCGACGGUGGCGUCCGCCGCCCAAUUACCAACCAGUAAACCGGUGUCGGUGACGACCCCGAUCGCCGCCAACGCCCACAAACAAUCGACCAACGAUAAACCGCCGACGAUACCGUCACCGGCUCCGGCCCAACCGCCCAUCAGCACCGCCGGCAGGGGUACCAUGAUGCAAACCACGGUCGCCUCUCCCGAUAAACCGAAAUUGAAUAUUUUAUCGCCGUCGAUGGUCGAGGGCGGAUAUCCGGACCCGUUGGAGGAAAGUCUCGCCAAUUUGGAACAGGAAAUGGUCAAGAGCGAACCGAUGGAGAUGGAGUUGGCCGCUAUUACGACCAUGGCACAGGCAAAACAACAAAUUCCCACCUUAAACACGGUACCAGCGACGAUGCCUCAGCAUCUCAUGUCGAUGCCGCCCAAUCCUUUGGUCGGAAACGUAAACAUGAAACCGUCUUUGGGCGGAAUGGGCAGUUUGCCGCCCAAUAUGAGCGUGCCGCCCCAUCAUAAUCUGCAUAUGGAUCAAGAUAUGCAGAGUCUGAUGCAUCAGGUAGGACUGGGUCAUCCGCACUCUCAACAUCCAACCCAUUUACAAAACAACGGCUACAGUAUGAAACACGAGUUCCACGACAAUCCGCUCACAACAAACAAUAACGGCAUGUCCGGCAUGGGUCUGCCGAUGGAAGUAUCGAUAUCGUCGAUAUUCGAUCCGUUACCGAACCAUAUGAAUAACGCGCACAUCAAAAAGGAUCCGAUGAUGAAACACGAGGGCGUCUUCGAUUUACACGAUAAGAAACAACCGUCCCACGGAAUGGGCGGCGGUAUGAUGGCGGACGGACAGAAACCCUCAAAUAUCGCUUCGUUUGGUGGCGGUGCUGGAGGAAUAGUAGGCGGCGCACCGCCGCCCGGUUACAAAAUGAAACCGGACGUGAAGAACGCGAGUUCGUGGAGCAGUUUGGCGAGGGCGGGUUCGCCGCAGAACAACGCCGCCGGUAACAGUAGCAAACAACAAGUGAUGGACAGUUUUAAGGCGUUUCAAAAUAAGGCGAAAGAAAAGGCGGACCGCGAGAAACAGAGAUUGGAGACGUUAGAGUUGAAGAGACAGCAGAAGGAGCAGGCCGAUAGGGAGAGAUUAAGGCAGGAGAUGGAGAGACGGAGGGAGAUGGAGGAACAGGAGGCCUUGGAGAAAGCUAGGCAAGCGGUAGCAGAAAGGGAAAAGCCGCAACAAGCCGCAAGGGUAGAAGAGCUCCGUUCUUCACCAGGGGAGGGCAGUAACUCGCCCGGAUCUCUCAGUUCUGGAUCGGACCGAUUGUCGGAUCGGGAGAGGCAAAGGCUGCAGGAACAAGAAAGGAGAAGGAGAGAAGUGAUGGCCAACAAAAUCGACAUGAACAUGCAGAGCGACCUGAUGGCAGCUUUCGAGGGCUCGUUAUAGAGUGAAUCCAGUAGGUGUUUUGUGGCGUAUUUAUUUGUAGUAUGCUAGGAGAUAAAGAACAAUGGUGUUUUAUAUCCGGACUCGUCCGUAGUCGAAGAGUAAUUUAUUUUAUGUUUGUCGGGUUCGACUGGAACCGGGCGUAGGCAUGCAAUAAUUAUUGACGUUGGUUCUUUUUUAUUAUAAUUUGACGUGCGAGCUCUUUUUCGGUUGGCGUAAAGCUAACAUGCGGUAGCGUUGGCUAGAAUAUUUAAAAAAAAAAAAUAAAGUAGAGCCUAAUAAAUUAUACUAUAUAUUAUUAUGUUAAUAUUUAGUAAACUUUGACACUUAACCGACACACCGACUACUAGCUUAUAUGUGAUUAUAAUUUUUUUACGUAACCUCAUUUUUACUUACAUUAUGUUAAUUAAAAUGUGCAUUCAUUUUUUUUAAUUGUUAUUAUUUUGUAAGUAUUUUCAAAUAACUUAUUUUUUUGUUGUUACGAAUUUAUUUAUGGAAACUAUUAUUAUUUAUCACGGGGUAAAUCGUAUUGUACAUAUUUUCUUUUAUUUUUAGUAGUUUAAUUGAUAUUAUAUUGUAUUAAUUGGGUUUGCAGCAGGCCCAUAUAUAUUACACGUUUCAGUUCAUUUAUCGGUAAAGUAGCGAAUGAAAUUAAUUAAAACACACUUGAGAUACUCAGAAUUGAGAAGGGUGUAAGUUAUCAAAAAGAGUUUUACUAUGACAACUUAUUAAUACCUACCAAUUGCCUUGUAAUUCAGUCAAAAUUAGUGUUUUAAUUAAAUUUGUCUGCUACUUUACUCUUGGAUAAUAAUCCGUUGCUUCAUCACAAAAUCGCGAUUGUUCGAAACCGAUUUUCCUUUUACAAAAAUCGACUGUUUGCCACAACUAAUUAACCCGUGCCUGUUGCAGCCCGUUUUAUUAUAUAUUUAGCACAAAAAAUUGUAUAAAAAAUAUUUGAUUAUCAUUGUAAAAAGUUACUAUUAAGGUUAGUUAGAAAAAAAAAACCUUUACUCUUCGACUACUCUCUAUUAGGAGCUCAAAGGUAAUCACCCAAACGUUUAUACUUCCAUUUAUCCUUGCGUUUGGUUAAACUUUUUUUUUAUAUUAUGGAACAUAAUAAUUUGUAGAUUUUACUUACAUUGUAUAUAUAAAAUUAAAAAAAAACAUUAAAUUAAUAUAAAUCGACGUUAUAUGUGUACAUACAUUUUCUUGGGUUUUAGGUUAAGUUCUUGAAAGAGGCAUGUGAGUGGUUUCGGACUGGAUAUCAGGUUGUUUGUGAACCUGUCGGGGUUUCUUUUUUUUCGAAAUGAAGGGAUAUCUAUCUUUAUCCAGUAUUAAGUAAUAAUUAAAUAUAGAAGUAAAAAAAAAUAAUUAAAAUUAUGUACUUUAUUAUACGGCCGCUUUAGUUCGACUGGCUUAGAAGUAAAAAUUCAAUUUUUUUCGAUUUUCUUUUAAUUACUAACAAAUUACUACCUAGUAGCGCUUUAAAAAAAUGAAAUUAUUUAAUUGUACAGGGUUUUCCGUCUAAACUGCAUUUACUUCUGUAUUUAUUAUUUAACAAAUUCAAGUAUCUGUAAAACUACACUAAAAAAAAAGACAUUAAUAUAGAAGUAGAUGCAACAAGUAAAUAAAUGUCAUGUUAUAUAAUAAAAUUCCUUUUUCAACUGAAACUGGAAUGAACAUUAAUUUUCAAUGUUGAACCUGAUGUUCGUGUGUCUAUAUUAAGCCAUUAACGAUGUAAUUUUUAAUUGCGGGUUUGGUCGAAAAAAACCAACCCCGCAAACAGAAUCAUUAUAAUUCUAUUUCUUUUAUGUAAUUUCUUUAGUUUUUCCGGAACAACCAGCUCGGAAGAAUUGUUAAUUAAUUUUUAUUGUCUUUAUUGUGAAUUUGAAGCAUGGGUACAAACGAAUUUUUUAUUUAAUAAAUAUAUUUACAUUACCUCAG